GACUACUGAUACACGUGUGUGUGUGUGUGGCCAGGCGCAUGUUGCCGUAUGCGAGUGUGCACGUGCAGCGACCUGAUAAGUGUGUAGAGAACCCACAGAAGAUGAGAGAGGCAAAGAGUAUCUGAUAAGCGCCUGACACCACGUAUAUAUCACCAACGCCUCAACCCACGCCUCCAGCUACACCCAUGGCCGUGCUAGAGCUUUUCGUGGGACUGUGAUGAGGGUUGACGGCGCGGGACGUAAACACUCGCUUCUCCGCUGAUUCGGCCACGCGUGUAGGUGAAGAAUGACCGAAGAGUGACAUCAUCGCCCUCUAACCCCAUCAGGAAGAAGGGUUGAUGGCUCUUUCGAAAGGCGCCGAUCAGCAUCCCUUGCAGUUUAGGUAUAGAGCAAAAUCCUGGGCUGGCUUCGGGAUAUUCUGCACAACAGGGAAAUGAAGCUACUAGUUACUGGCCAACAUUAGCAGAGCUCCUAGGUGGUUCCCAAGGCCCUCAAAAAAGCACUCAGGCACACCAGGGUCUUCCUUCAGACCAGGACAACUCAUAAGAAUCUAACCACAUCGCCUUACUGUUACCAGCGCCUUUGCAGCACAAGAGGCUGUGGCAUGGCCUCAAAUCUUCAACAAGAACAAAAAUGAGUUGGUGUUGAGGCUUUGGUACUACAGUUUGCACAGUCCCCUUUGAGAUUUCAUGUUUGCCAUGCAUCUUUGGGAGAAGCGAGAAGUUCCACGCCCUCCAGAGUAUACCAUAGAAUAUUCUUUAAAAGAACUGAAACAAAACAACCUGGGAAAGUGUGUACGUCCUCUCCUGGAUGGCAUCAGCAGGGGUCACACAGCACUCAUUGACCAACGGGUAUCCGCAAGCUUAAGGAGGGAAGUUGGAAUCCUCACAGCUUUAUUGUAUCGGAAUGGACGCCAUCGCACUGAAAAAUUUUAUAGAGUUUUGAAAAAGUCCUAUUGGUUACAGGUGGAGAAAAACUGUGCCCGAUGGCAGAAGCUUGAUGUGGUGGAGGAGCUGGACCGUCUGUGUCAGCUCAUGCCUCGAAUGAUUCUGGAACGCAAAACCGUGCGCUUACCAUCGAAGCAAAUGUUUGAGUACCUGCUGGCGAGGCUGCUAGGAUCUUACCACUUUAUGCUUCAUCUUGAUGGAAUCUGCAAGGAAGCAGCUACUCUCCUGCUAUCCAAGAUUGCCACUGGCCACUUCUUCAGCACAGCAGUGGCAUUUUUGUCUAAUGUGGCACGCAUUAGAAUCUUGGCAUUGGAUUAUGGUGGACAAGUGGCCAAGAUUUAUGAUGACAUUCUGCCGAAGGUCAUCCUCUUGAAAGGAAGCAAUGCGCCUCCCUUAUUAGACACAGCCACUCUCCCUUCUUCUCUCUCUAGCCUCCUCCAGCAGUACUGUGCCUCAUUUGAUGUCAACAGGAACCCACUGCCUGUAAAUAAACCCUCUUCAGACAUCAGCUUCCUUAACUUGCUGAAUAUCUCCAAGGAAGAAGAUAGUACAAAGGCUUCCGAGUUUGAUGAUUUCAUAGACUCUCCUGUAACAAAUAACUUGGUUAAUGAAGAAUUGUGUAAUCCAAAAAAUGAAAUAUCUGAUAGCCUGGAUAUGCCUGUCUCAAAUUGUUAUUUGGAGGAAGAUAUUGGUGAGUGUGUGCCAAAGACCAAACCUCCCAAGAAAGCUAAGACUUUAAAGAAGAGAAAAUUAUCCCUGGAAACUAAUGGUAACACUGAAACAAAUGAUGGAUGCUCCAGUAAGAAGAAAAAAGUCAAAUCAGAUGCUGGCAAGAAUCUCUUGCUCAAUUCAAAGAAAAAGAAAACCAAGAAGAAUGUAUUAAAAAGUGGUAUAGGAAAAAUUAAGCAAAAUAAAGUAAAAAAAUCUCUCAAUGAACCAGAUGAAGAACAUUGUUCUGCAGCAUUUAUAAAACACUUCAAGGCUGUGAAAAAACAAACAAAGAACAUAAACUCCAUAGAUAGUUUAAAAAGGUUUCUUGAAGGUGAAAAGAAAAACAGGAGUGAAAAAGUGAAUGGCAGAGUAUCUAAGCUACUGAAGAAAGAAGACUGGACAGAAUUUGCAAAGUUUUUAAGAAUACGGCUUAAGAAUAUUGAAGGAUUGAGUAAAAUGGAUUCAGGUGAAAGUGAGGCACUGCAGCAGCUGUUAGGCAAGACCAGAGUUAGAGUUAAGUUUUGGCUCUUGUUUCCAUACCUGAAGGGCAAAAAACCUGGAAACUGGAAGACUGUACUGGGAAAUUUAUCAAGUUAAUGGUGUAUAUUCUGGGAAACAUAUCAAGUUAACAGUGUACAUCUGGACAUGGAUUAAGCUGAUUAAUGUUUAACAUGUAAGUUGAUUAAAAAAAAUGCAGAUUCAAUCUAUUUUAUAUUUACAAUUUAUGAAUAUACAUACAUUUUUCA